UCCGCUCUCCAGUUUGGAAUUGGAUGAGAGUCUAGUGAGAGGAGAGGAGAGGAGAGGAGAAGAGAAGGAUGUCGCGCGAAAAAGGUCAUACCUUGAUAGGAAAUUCAGGAGGAAUGAUCAACUGUCGUAGAGUGACUAGUUCGGAUUCAAAAUGGGCAGUGAGUCUCACUGUGGAUGUUGCCUUUGUUAUUCUUGAUAAGUUAUUGGAACCCAUCGACCAUGUUCGUUUUGCUGCCAUUUGCAAACUUUGGCAUUCUUUUGCAAAACACUACAAUCAUACAACACGUCGAUGGCCUAAGCUACUUCCUCCCAUGCUCAUCCUGCCCGGCGAUCAAGACCUAAUUUAUAGCCUAUCUGAAGGAAAAGUCUACCACAAGAUUAACCUAGCAAUGCCUCGUUUUAAUUAUCACUCUGCUCGCAGAUACGUUGCUUGUGGCAACGGUUGGCUCGCUACAAUGCAUUAUUAUGGUCUAGAUUCUAAUAUACUACUCCUGAACCCUUUCACAAGAGUUACCCAUCUCUUAGGAUGCAGGGGAUGGAGACUCGGCAGGAGCACCAAGCUGGAGCAGACCCGUAUGAUCCCCGAGCGAAAGCAGGCCCCGAAGCUCAUCUUGUUUGGGGAUCCUUCUGUUAAUGGGGACAACAGUUUUAUGGUUGUAGCAUUUUACACCACUGAUUCCACUCUUGGAUUCAUUAGAGGAGGGCAAUCGUUUUGGAGUUCCAUAGAAACAAUGGAACAAUAUGCCAUUACUGAUGCUAUUUUCUACAAAGGUCAGGUAUACGCAGUUGACAAGAAUCUUGGAAGAAUCGUGUCGUUUGAUGUUAAAACCUGCACUUCUGGUAAUUCACUAAGGGCAAAGAUACUCAACAAUACUUACAUGUGCUCAAGUUCGCAUUCAUAUCUUGUGGAAUCAACUAAAGGAGAGCUUUUGCACGUUCGAAGAUUUUUGAAAGUACAGAGAGAAUGGGGUCAGUUGACAAUGCCUGUGACUUUCACUUUCAAGGUUUACAAGUUGGUAUUUGAUGACAAUGGAUAUGUUGUGCAGCAGGUUGAGUUAAAAACCCUUGGAGAUGAGACUCUGUUUGUUGGUGACAAUCAGUCAAUGUCUGUUUUGGCCUCAAGCUUCUCUUGGUGCAGACCAAACUCCAUAUAUUACACAAGUGAUUCGAUAACUGUGGAAGAUGAUUAUCGAAAUUUUAAUAGUUGUUGUCAGUGUGAUAUGGGGAUUUUCAAUUUAGAGGAGGGAACCACUACUCCUCUACAAUGUUACCCUCAGCAUUCUUCGGAAGAGUACAGAUUAGAACCUGCAACUUGGAUUCUGCCACCAAUUAAUGGUCUCUGCUAGCUCCUUCUCCCCCUCGAUAUUUGAUAUUGUUUAUAAGAAUAUGGCAUGCAACUCUGUGGCACCAGUCAUGUUGAGUGUACUUGGGGGUCUGAGUUCCUGACCUAAGUUUAUUCCAGAUGUUCCCGUGCUUUCUUUUAAGGUUUGUAUUUCUUAAAGAGGUAAGGCUGUAUGUCCCCCUCUUUGUUUGUAUUCUGCAUUCAUUAUUAAUAAAUUAAAGGCCGGGCGGAGUUCUUCCUAGGGA